AUGCUCCUUCGAUUACAGAAGUACAAUCUUCAUAUUAAGUACCUUCCUGGAUCACAGAUGUACAUUGCUGAUAUGCUAAGUAGAGCUUACCUACAAGCUGAUCACAGCCAACAUGAAAACAUCCCAGAGUAUCAGAUCUUUCAGCUCAGCCAGGAGCAAUUGUUGUUUCAAGAGAUUGCCAACAUCAAUCAAGUUGAUUACAUGUGUCCAUCAGAAGGCACCCAUCAGCAGAUCAAACAAUGCACAAUCACAGAUGCCACAUUGCAAAGUCUCAUGAACAUGAUUAUGACAGGUUGGCCGCUUACUAAAGAGGAAAUUCCAGUUUGUAUCCGCGAGUAUUGGAACUACAAAGAAGAGUUAACAGUUCAAGAAGGAGUCUUGUACAAACGAAUGAAAGUGAUUGUUCCUGCUUCUAGGAGACCUCAAAUGAUUGCAAGAGCUCAUUCCAGCCAUAAUGGGCCUGAUGCCUGUGUACGUCGAGCACGUGAUGUGUUAUUCUGGCCAAGCAUGGCAGACCAAAUAAAAGAUCAAGUGCAGAAUUGUGAAGUUUGCAACGACUUCUUAGCUAGACAACAAAAAGAACCGCUGAUGACCCACAAAAUUCCUGAAACCCCUUGGUCAAAGGUUGGACAAGAUCUCUUCACCCUCGGUGAUGAGAGCUAUUUAGUGACUGUUGAUUACUUCAGCGAUUACUUUGAGCUUGAUCUCCUAUCAGAUACUACCGCAGAAUCAGUGGUAAAUGCAACCAAACGCCACUUUGCACGUCACGGCAUUGCUGACAUGGUUACAGAUAAUGGCCGCAGUAUUCCAGUGCACAUUUUGCCAAGUUUACUCGUGAAUGGGAAUUUCAGCACACUUCAAAUUCACCAUUACAUAGCCAAAACAAUGGAAAAGCCGAGUCUUUUGUCAAAAUUGCAAAGAAUCUAG